AUGAAGAAACCCAUAAUCCAAAUUCAAAACAAAAAUGAAGGAAAACUGGAAGAAAAAGUGUCCUUAAUGCCGUGUUUUAUUGAUUUUGAUGGACCAGCUUCAGUUUCUGAGUUUUUUCACGACAAAAUUUCAAAAAAGGACGGCUCUAGGAAUACUGAUUUGGCUUAUUUUCGAGGUAGAGAACUGAAUGGAAGAACACUAGAGCUGCCUGAAGGUUAUAUGGGUGAAUGUGUCCAUUUUCCAUUACCGGACAGGGCAGAUCAGUUCUACGCUGGCAAUGAACUAGACAACAACGAGGAUGAAGCAAGUGUUUCCGAAGAGCAUUGUCAGACAUCAUCAACUUUCUCGCAAUUCAAAAUUUGGGAUCGUGAUGUAUCCACAUCUAUCGAGCAAAACCAAUGGUACAAGGGUAUCGUUGAGUGGACUCAAUUUGCAUCCAAAGUACGUUUUCUUGGUUUCUACCAUGUAAACAGCUAA